CACUCUGCACCACCACCUCUCCCAGCUCUCCACAAGCUCACAGCACCUCCCACCCGGACCAAGCUUGUCUACUCUUCACCUUCAGCGGCAGCCGGAAGUUGCUCAACCAGUCUGCUGCGCGGAGAUACCCUAUCUGCUCUUGCUCAACCAGGUCUACAAGCGUCGCUUACUAAAAAACAUGGUUUCGUCUGUUGCGUUCUUGACCGCACUGGCUGGCGUGCUGGGCAACACGAUCACUAGCACGGAGGCGCUGAGGGUGCUCACACCGGCGGUGGCUGAGAGUGUCGCGUCAGGCAGGCCGUACGUCGUGUCGUGGCAGGGUGCACAGGCGGACGACCGCUUCGAGGUCGAUUUGCACUACUGCGGAUCGUACUCGUUCUGCUUUGGAGAGGCGGAGGACUGCGGUUUCUGGAUAGCGAACGUUUGCAACGAGGCGGAUGACGCCUGCAUGAUCCAAGACGACCAGAGCUCCCAGGUGACCUUCCCAGAGCCGGUCGCCGGACACUCGAACAACGGCUACAGGGUCCGGAUUUCGGAGGUCGGUACGGACAACUUCCGGUGCUCGGAGGACUUCUACCUCGUGGCUUCGGCGGAUGUCCUCGAAUUCGGGGAGCCGGGGGGGCCGACGAUGGAGGUGGUUGCGCCGGAGGCUAACGCACUGGCUGUCGCGGGAGAGACGUACACCGUAGAGUUCGACUACGACAACGGAUUCGGCGAACAGCUCGGGCGGUUCAAGAUCGACCUCUACAAGGCGGAGGGGAACGGCGACUGCGGCAGCUGGGUCACCUCCGUCUGCGACAAGCCGGACAUGGGCUGCCGUGACAGCGAGGGCGACUACGACGUGGUUAUCCCAGCAGACUCGGAGGAAGGAAUGUACAAGAUCCGCGUCGGUCUGUUCGGAGAUGACUCCAUCUAUGCGUGCUCCCCCUCCUUCGAGAUCACAACCACCAAUCCCGGUGUGCUUGCUGCAGGCGGGGGGCUGUGGAUGGACUCCACUUCUUCGUAACAGAUUUUUCUCUUGAUUAGAACGAACAUAAGCUCUGGAGAUUAGAACAAUUAGUACUUCUGGCGGACUGAUGAAGUUUUUCACGCGCGGUGAAAUUCCUACCCACUAAUCAGAGGCUUUCUCUCUGAUCGACGUGGCUGCUAGCGCAAAAAAUGCGACCCGAGGCGUAGGUACACCAAGGGGUCCGGUAUGGCCACACACCUUGGUAACAUGUGUAGUUGAUGUUUCGUCGUCUGUUUUCUACCUGGCUGGUAGUAUAUAAAGUAUAAUAAUAGAUGGUACUUGCACCUUCCUUGGCAGGGCAAGCAACCACUAAAGUAAAGCAUCUUGAUGCUUUGGGUGAUGUUCCGCGCAGUGUUUCGGUGUCAAACGGGCUGCUGCUUUCAUUAAGGUUUUUCUUGGGGUUACGGGUUACCAUGUCAUCUUUACUGGGGCCGUUACUCGGAGUAAGGGAUGUGAGUUGGCUGUUGGCUACGACUACUCGUUCUUUGGAAAAUUGUGUGGCCAUUCGGCCGAUUUCCUCCCAAGUGUUGGUUGUUUUUGUUGUUUUCUUGUUUUUGUUGUUUUCUUCGUUGUUGCGCCGAUAGGGCAGGGCUCUUUUGUGGUCGGUUGGGGUGUGCUUGCUGGCCACUGCUUGGGGGCAACAUGCAUGUUGGGAAUAUUCCGCAUGUUGGGAAUAUUCUAUUUAUUAUAGAACGGGAUUUUUUGUUCCCCUGUUCGUUUUCGUUCACUACAGGCGGAAACUUGUGUAUGUCGAGUCCCGUUAUUUCAAUUCGCGAUUAAAUCAAGGAUUUGUUGUCUGGACUUGACAAGCACAACGAGACCAAGGAACGGAAAUGAAUGGUUGGCGUGAACCAAACCAAUCCGGCCGUUUCCACCAAAUAUAUGCCCUUUUUUGGCUCCAAAACGUCGCGUUUGAGGUGACUUAA